GAUCUAGAGCAGAUGACAGAGGUCUAAUCUAAAAGAUAAGACUAUUCGACAUCGAACUUGCUCGGAGAGAGACAUUCUUGAGACUAUAUUAAACUAUUAAAACAUUAUCUGUGUAUUAGUGAAUACUCUGCUAAACCUAUUAAUCGAACAGGUUAUAGGCUCCAGUGCACGCUUUACUGCGCAACGAGGUAAACACUUAUUCUGAAAAUCUGUUGUGUACACACGAGAAAAACUUCAAUUGAGGUCAUCCGCAGUCAUUGAGUUUCGCUGGAAUUUCCUCCAGUAGGCAAGUUUCGAUUGGUCAUCCCAUGGAAUUCAAUUAUAAGUUGAACAGAAUUUAUGGAAACUUUUCUGUGGCGUCAUGGAGACAGGUGACUUCUUUAUCGAGUGCCAUCCAAGGUUGAGUUGAUAUGCCAGUUUGCAAAUGGUAAUAUGAUUCUUGUUGUGCGUAGUCAGGAACUGAUGAUGUUGUAUUAUGAGUUGUUAUUAAAUUCUUAAUUCUUAAAUUCUGUUUUCGACUCCUCGGUAUAGAACUGAACAAGAAAGUUUGUGACGGGGUCUUGAUGAAGUUCCCGCUUUGACAGGAUGACUGAAAGUUUACAAAUCUUGUUUAUAGGUCACCUGAUCUCUUUUUCAUCUUUCUUGAAGGACCAUAGGAUUUUUCUAAGUUAUUGACCGAUCUUGAAUUGCUCUUUUAUUCUAUCUUCCAUGGCGGCUGUUGAAGAAAAAGAGAAUUUAUACAGGGUGUCCCGGCUAGAAUGCGACAAACGGAUACCAUGAAUGAAGGUCAUCAUGGAGGACUCGUAUCAAGAGGUUUCGAUCACCUGAGUGCCUUAGUUUGGGAUUGUUAGAGUAUUACUUCAUCUGAACAAAUCCCGAGAGAGGCAACCAACAUUACUCGCUACCUAUUCUUGUUACUUCAUCUCACGACCGUAGCGCUGCUAGCGCUCAAGCGAGUUACGAGGCCAUCGAGAGGAAGAACAAGAAAGACCUUCAAUGAUCGAGAGCAAAUGUCAGCGAUAUAACCUGAGUUAGCAAGUCCUUUCAAAACUUCCCUUCUGAACAGAGCUUGCUUAGAGACUAGCUAGAGUGUUUAAUAAUAAACGAUUAAUAUCAACAACUGUGUAUUAGUAUCUUAUAUACCUUAAAUAUAUUCCAAUAGGUUAUAGGCUCAGUGCACGCUUUAAACUGCGCAACGAGGUAAACAACUGUUCUGUACACACGAGAAAAAUAUUGAGAUUUGAAGAUUCUACAUACAGCACCUAGAGGUUUGGUAAUGUAAAAUUGGAUGUUUCACAUUCCACAUAAAUAAGCCAGAGAUGUAGAUAUUUUGAAAGUAUAUAUAUUCAUAAUGCCUGAUAAAAUUUUGGGGAACUAUUUAUUUCACUAAACUACAAAAACUGCAGUAUGAUGGCAGCCAAAGAAAAUCAAGGAAACCCAUUGGUGGAGUAUGAUAGUGAUUCAGAUUCCAGCACUUCCAUAAGUGCAGAACACAGAGGGUUCAUACAUAACGAGGAAAGAGAGAAUUGGCAGAACCAACAGGGAUCCGAAAAUGUAGGACAAAACAAUGAAAUUAACCUAGUAGAAAAUAUAACAAUUCAAGAUGCUGGAGAACGGCUGAGAUUGUUAGAGAAUAGGACUGAAGAGGUGGCCAAGAGGAAUAAAGUGAUGGCUGAUCAAUUACUAGAGUCCUCCAUUAUAUUGAAGGAAGUGAUGAACAGUGCUAGACAAAUGGUACAGGCUCUAACACAGCUAUCACAAAACAAUCUGGAAGCAGAGAAAACCCGUCUCAAAAUUAUCGAAGAAAAGAACAGGAACCUUGUUCAAGCGGAAGCUCAAGCCCCAAAAAGAAAAACCACGGAAGACAAUGGGACCGCGGCAAAAAGGGCAAAAACUUCUGUGGACAACAGCUCAAACCAGGAAGAAGGAUCGAGAGACUUGUCGGAGCAAGAGCUGCUUAGCUACAAGAUGAGUAUUAAGAGGGAAUAUAAGCUCAAGAAAAAUGCAAAUUUUGAGAUCUGGAUCGACAGUCUGAGAUCCGAGCUUUUGACAAAUGAUUUGUUGGAUGUCAUAGAGCCAAGUUCGAGUGACCACACUUGGUCAGAGGCAAACAAAUCCAAAAGAAGCAAUUGGGUACGAGAUAUAAUCAUCAACAGGAUUGACGAGAACUACCAUAAGAAAAUUCUCAAUAUCCGAGAUCCUGUUGAGAUAAUCAGAAUUUUGAGGUCCUCCAGGAAGUGCGAAUCAAAUGUGACGCACACUUCAGUCAGAUCUCGCUUGUACUCCAUCAAAAUGGAGAGACACGAAACAGUAGAUGAUUUCUGUGAAAGAUUUGACUCAAUAGUGAGAGAAUAUGAAGCGUGUGAGGAUGUGAUCGAGCUCACCGCCCAAGAGAUGAGAUCUGCUUUUUACCAGGCUGUAUCACCAGUCACACCCGAACUAAGAAAUGCAGAUCUGAUCCGGAGACAGACCUCAAAUCAAGAAAUGACCCUAGAUGAGAUCAAGACUUUCAUCUCUCGAUUAGAGGCUGAGAAAAGGUCUGAGAUUAAAGAGGAGAUCCCAACAAUUCAACGGGUACAAAAAUUGAAAUGCUUCCGCUGCAACGAAGAGGGACACUGGUACUGCUUCGGCUGUGGGGAAAUCAAGAGCCAUAAGAAGGAGGAUUGCCCUAACAACAGUAAUACGAACAAGACUAGGCCUGUUAAAUUCAGAGGAUCGAGUGGAGGCAGGUUAAUCAAGUCGAGCUUCAACACGAAGACGAGGACUACGAGACAGGGCCACAUAGGCCAGAGGAGAAUGAGAGGAAACGGAAGACUCGUCAAAGAUGUUCAUGUCAAGGCAAGAAGGGUUGGAAGUAUAGAGUCGAGAGAACCCAAAAACAAAACAGGUAAGCUCAGUCGAACCAUUACCUUCAUUGCAGAUUCUGGAGCAACACACCAUAUCGUAAAUGAUAGUCUGAUUUUGAGAAAUUUUGAGAGAUGUCAAAAUACGAGUAUAAAGAGUGCUAAUAAAAAGGAGAUAGCAGAUAUUGUAAUCGAUGGUAAAGGUGAGUUAAUCUUGGAUUCAGAUUUUAGAGGUGAGAAAACGAUGAAAUUGCAAAAUGUAUUUGCAGCCAAAGAUGUUUCUGAGAAUUUGCUUUCCUUACGUAAACUUGCAGACUCUGGGUUCAAGAUUUACCUAGAUAACAAAGUUCUAAGAGUUUACAACAAGGUUAAUAAUGAGAUUGUUUUAGAGGGACAGUAUGAAAAACCGAACUGGAUUCUAAACUUCAAAGUGAGAAAGCAGACUUCCGAUGAAACUGAAACUGAAAAUCAGUACGAAGUUUAUUGUUGCAGAGCAACGAUAAGCGAAGAAGAUGAGAUGAGCUUGCAAUCGCAGACACAUUCCAAUAACCAGUUAUUAGGUUCGGAGGGAGAACCGGAAUCUGCGAUUGGGAGGGAGAAAGAGAAUAAUCUCAUCUCUUCACCUAAAAAGAAAGUUCUACAAGUGUCAACUGACGAAACAGACGAAAUGAAAUCUGAGCAACAAGAGAAAAAUUGGGACUGCAGUCAUAUCAGUAGAAAUGUAAUUAAGAUCGAUGACUUGGAAUCACUGCAAAACUUAGAGGAAUUAUGUAUCGUAAGUCCAUUAGACAAUAACUCAUAUAAUUCAGGAAAAAUUAACGAAGCAAUGUUAUGGCAUUGUAGACUUGGACAUGCUUCACUUAACUAUCUUAAGAAAAUGCAGAAGUUAAAUGACAAACUUAAGAAAGUCAUAUUUGACGAAUCUAUUUUAGAAUGUGAAGUAUGUAUUAUGUCAAAAAUGGAGAAACUACCGUUUAAAGAAACUAGAAUGAGAGCUGAGAGACAACUCCAGCUGAUACACACUGACACGAUGGGACCUAUCAAACCACCAUCUCAUCCAGGUCAGAAAAGAUACAUUAACGUCUACAUAGAUGAUUAUUCGAGACUUGCUAAAGCCUACUCAUUAAAAACAAAGGACGAGUCGGCUGAAGCAUUAGAAAAAUUCCUAAUAUCAACAAGAAACUUUUUGGGGAAAAAUGAGAAGGUGUGUUACAUCAGGUCAGAUCAAGGAACAGAAUUUACCGGAAAGAAAUUCCUAGAAGUACUAAGUAGAGAAAAUAUAGAGAACGAGUUUGCAGCACCAUAUACGCCUGAACACAACGGAGUAGCAGAAAGGUUUAACUCUACAAUCCAAAAGAAGGUUCGUGCAUACAUGUUUGAUUCCGGACUACCUAAGAGUAUGUGGGAGCUUGCUGUUGAUGCAUCUAUACAUGCGUACAACAGAACACCACACAAGUCUAUCGGAUAUGAAACACCAUUGACAAAGUUUGUACCAAAUGCAAAAUGCCACUUUGAUCAAAUCAAGAGAUUUGGAUGUAUUGCAUACGUAAAAAUUCCAAAACCCAGCUUGAAAUUUGGAGAACGUGCCCUGAAAGCUGUCUUAGUGGGCUACACCGCUACAGGAUACUUGAUGUGGCAUCCAAGCUCCGGAAAGUUCUUCGAAUCUCGACAUGUGAGAUGUAACGAGAAACUUGUCUACAAAGAUACUCGAAGACACAAGAGCAAAAUUAGAGACCCAGGAAAAUAUAAUAGACUGGGAUUGGAUGAAAAACAUUGAAGAGACCAAUGAGGAACAACAAGAGGUAGAGCUGGCUGAACCGAGGAAACGAGGCAGGCCUAGAAAAGAAACUGAAUCAAAUAUUCCAAAACUUGGAGAUACAGUUAACACCUCGAAACCAUAUACGAGGAGUCAAAAUAAGGGAAAUGCCGAUGAAAAGGCAAGGAAUCUGGUACACUUAGAGAAAACCGUAGAGGAUGUAAGCUAUGCGAGGUUUCUUAAUUACUCUGAGAAUAAUAUUUUAGAGAAAUAUGAGAAAACCGAUAGAGAAGAAGAAAUGAGGCUUUAUCUCAUUUCUUCAUUAUAUAAAGAACCAAUAAAAUUUGAGGAAGCUAUAAAUUCUAAAGAAGGCCACUUAUGGAAGAAAGCUAUAAAAGAAGAAAUUGAUUCCAUGAUACAAAACAAGGUUUGGAUUUUGGUAGAUAAAAGGAAUCUUCAAAUAUCUGGAAAACGGGCAAACAUUAUAGACUCGAAAUGGGUAUUUAAGAGAAAAUUAGAGGCAAACGGCCUUACACGAUAUAAGGCAAGAUUAGUCAUACGAGGCUUCAAGGACAAAAAUAUUUAUGACCUUAAAGAGACGUAUGCACCAGUAUCAAGACUUCCUGUAAUUAGAGCUACAUUCGCAAUAAUAAAUAAGUAUGACUUACAUGCUUGUCAAUUAGAUGUAAAAACUGCUUUUCUAAAUGGCACUAUAGAGGAGGAAAUUUAUAUGGAGAUUCCAGAUGGAGUAGACAUCGACAAUGAGAUCAAACGAUCUCAUGUAUGUAAACUCCAGAAAGCUCUCUAUGGACUAAAGAUAAGUCCAAAGCGAUGGAAUAAGAGAUUCACCGAAGAAAUCAAGAAACUAGGUUUGGAGAAUGAUUUACAUGAGCCCUGCUUAUAUACUUGGAGGAGAAAUGGUAAAAUGGCAGUACUAGUCAUAUAUGUAGAUGAUAUACUGCUAGCCAGUAAUGACAUAGAAAAACUGCAAGAAAUAAAAGACCAUUUGCGAGCAGCAUUUGAAAUGAAGGAUCUGGGAGAAGCUAAAAACUUUCUAGGUAUAAAUAUAAAAAGAAACCGAGAAGAUAGAUAUAUAAAAAUUGAUCAAUCAAAUUAUACUUUGAAUAUAUUAGAGAGAUUUAAUAUGAAUGAUUGCAAUGCUCAAAAUACUCCUAUGGUAACCAGACAGGUAGAAAACAGGAUUAAGAAAAAUCAAUCAGCAAAUCAACAAGAUGACUCAGAUGAACAAGAGAUGAAGAGAGUUCCUUAUAGAGAAGCGAUUGGUAGCCUAAUGUAUCUCUCAAAUGGUACACGGCCAGAUAUAACAUUUGCCGUUAACUAUUUAGCGAGAAAACAACUAAAGCCCACCGAAGCUGAUUGGAAAGAUGUAAAGAGGAUCUUCAGGUAUUUGAAAGGUACUGUGAAUUUGGGCCUUA